AUGGCCUCAGUCAUCAAGGGCAGGGCUUCCCGCCGCUCUGCUCCCCGCCGGAGUUAUGUCAUUGAGGAUACAUCUGAAUCGGAGGACCCCGGAAAUGUGACACCAACACCCGAUACGCACGAUGACGAUGAUGAAGUGGAGGAGGACUACACCCCAGUCCCUAAGAAAGCAAAGAGGGCAUCGAGCAAAAGAAUGACACUAGACCCUGUGACACCUUCGACUGUGCGCGCUGCCAGCAAGACCCAAGAAGCGACAACAGAUGAUUCCGAUGCCCUGGACACCGAUGCAAUGGAUACGGACGCGAUGGACACCGAUGCGAUGGACAUCGACGAAGAGAAUGACGAGAAUGACGAGGGCGCUAGUAUGGUGUCAAUGGAAGGCGAUCCCGAAUCUCCUUCCGGUAAAGCAGCGUUGAAAAGAAAAAGUAUGGCUCAUCCCCGCAAGAGUCACGGCUCAAUCACACCCAAGCCGGCACAGGGCUCACUUCCAACUCCAGAGCCAUCCCGAUCGCCAGAGCCUCAAGAAAGAGCGCACCGAGCAAGCGUGCCGCCUUUGUCGGAUAUCACCGAAUCCGCCGUGAACCAGUCACCAUCGAAACAAUUGGAGGAGCCGAAAUCUCAGAUUCCCAUUAUAAACCCGAACUCGACAGUCUUGGAGAGGCCGAUGGACAUUGUGGCCAAAUCCAGAACACAGGCCCCUCAAGCGCCAGAGGAGCCUGCGGCGUCUAAGCCCCGAAUGAUUAUUGAGAACCUUAUUCUGACAAACUUCAAGAGUUACGCCGGCCAGCAGAUUGUUGGUCCAUUCCACGCCUCCUUUUCGUCUGUCGUUGGACCGAACGGUUCCGGAAAGUCCAACGUGAUUGACUCGCUCCUAUUCGUGUUUGGCUUCCGCGCCAGCAAGAUGCGACAGGGCAAAAUCUCCGCGCUGAUCCAUAAUUCUGCUCAGUACCCAAACCUUGCGUUUUGUGAAGUCGAGGUUCAUUUCUCACAAGUCCUCGAUUUGCCUGAUGGCGGCCAGGAAGUGGUCCCAGAUUCCCAACUAAUUGUUUCGCGACGAGCGUUCAAGAAUAACACUAGUAAAUACUACAUGAACAAAAAGGAGACCAAUUUCACCGCUGUGACGACCUUCCUCCGUGAUCGCGGAAUUGAUCUCGAUCACAAGCGAUUCCUGAUUUUGCAGGGUGAGGUCGAGUCGAUCGCUCAGAUGAAGCCAAAAGCCUCCAACGAACAUGACGAAGGCCUCUUGGAAUAUUUGGAAGAUAUCAUCGGAACUUCCAAGUACAAGACACCUAUCGAUGAAGCGGCAACCGAGCUCGAAGGUCUCAAUGAUGUAUGCGUGGAAAAGAACAACCGUGUCCAGCACGUGGAGAAGGAGAAGGCGGCCUUGGUGGAUAAGAAAGACAAAGCUCUGGCUUACAUCCGUGAGGAGAACGAAUUAGCACAGAAACAAUCGGCCCUCUAUCAGAUCUACAUUGAUGAGUGCGCUGAUAAUGUUCGUGUUACUGAAGAGGCCAUUCUCCAAAUGCAGGAGCUGCUGAACAUGGAACUCGAGAAGCACGAGGGAAAUGAAUCCGGCAUCAAAGAACUCGAAAAAGCCUACAAAAAAGGGGUUCGUCAUUACGAGUCGAUAGAGAAGGAGACUCAAAGCUUGCUCAAGGAGAUGGCCAAGUACGACAAGGAGUCGGUUAAGUUUGAGGAGAAGAAGAAAUUCUUGCUCGGCAAACAAAAGAAGCUAGAGAAAGCCAUGCAGACCAGCCGCCUUGCUGCUUCUGAAUGCCAGAGCUUGGUUGAGAAGUUUACCUACGAUAUUGAGAAGAAGACCGCCGAAACCACUCAAUUUGAGAAGGAGAUGGUGACAGAAGAGAAGGAACUGAACUCAAUUCGUGAGGGGCUCAAAGGCAAGACGCAAGGCCUAUCUGAUCAGAUUACCGAGAAGCAGAAGUCACUAGAGCCAUGGAAUGCGAAAAUCAACGAGAAACAGUCCGCAGUCGCAGUUGCUCAGAGUGAGCUAGAUAUCUUGCGCGAGCGUGGUAAUGCUGGUGCUGUUCUCCUCGAAGAGGCACAGGGCAAGAUUGUUACAAUCGAAGAAAGUCUGCAAGCCAAGCAAAACGAUCUCGAAGAGCGACAAGCCCAGAAAGAGACCUUGGAGUCUGAAGUGGAGAAGCUCAAACACGACUUGAAGAAAUACGCCGGCCGUGAGCCUGAAGUUCGUUCGCAUGUCUCAAGUGCCCGCCAGAAAGCAGACGAGGCACGAGUCAGUCUUGCAAGCACACAAAACCGUGGAAGUGUCUUGACUGGGUUGAUGCGUCUCAAAGAGUCUGGCCGUAUCGAUGGUUUCCAUGGCCGACUUGGUAACCUGGGAACAAUUGACGAGAAGUAUGAUGUCGCCAUUUCUACAGCUUGUCCUGCUCUCGACAACAUGGUGGUGGAAACCGUCGAAGUCGGCCAACAAUGCAUCGACUAUUUGCGCAAGAACAACCUUGGACGAGCGAACUUCAUUCUUCUUGACCGCCUCCCCCGUCGUGAUAUGGCAACAAUCUACACACCUGAAAGUGUUCCUCGUCUCUUUGAUCUCGUCAAGCCGAAGGAUCCCAAGUUUGCCCCAGCUUUCUACAGCGUGAUGCAAAAUACGUUGGUUGCGAGGGACUUGGAGCAAGCGAAUCGAAUUGCCUAUGGUGCUCGUCGUUGGCGAGUGGUGACGGAAGAUGGUCAGUUGAUUGAUGUGUCAGGAACAAUGAGCGGUGGUGGCACCCGUGUGGCCCGAGGCGGUAUGUCCUCUAAGCAAGUCGCCGACACCACAAAGGAGCAGGUGUCUCGCUUGGAAUCAGAUCUCGAGGAUCUGGAAAGGAAAUUCCAGGCCUUCCAGGACAAGCAGCGUCAUGUGGAGGCUCAGAUGAAGGAAAGAUCGGAGGAAAUCCCACGCUUGGAGACCAAGAUCCAAAAGAUCAUGAUCGAGAUAGACAGCACCAAGCGUAGUCUUGCUGAUGCCCAGCGACGCGUAAAGGAGCUGGGUGCACAGCACCAGCCCUCUGAUUCGGAUGAAGGCCAAAUUGCUGCUCUCGAGAAACAGAUAGCCAAAGCCCAAAAGGAGAUCGCUAAACUUAACGACGAGAAAAGUGGCAUCGAGGAAGAGAUCCAGAUCUUGCAGAGCAAGAUCAUGGAGGUCGGUGGUGUUCGCCUUCGCGGCCAAAAGGCGAAGGUGGAUGGCUUGAAAGAGCAGAUUGGCAUGCUUGCCGAGGAGAUUUCAAACGCGGAGGGGCAGCAAUCCAAGAACGAAAAACUCAUCAAGAAGCACACCAAAGCCCGCGAUGUUUCAGAGAAGGAGAUUGCUCAGAUUACCGAUGAGUUAGAGAAACUUGAAGAAGAUGUUGCCAACCAGACCAAUGAAUCUGCCGACUGGAGACAGAAGGCUGACGAAGCCCAGGAGGCUUUGGAAUCUAAAAAGGGCGAGCUGAAGGCCAUGAAGGAUGAGCUUGACGCAAAGGUAGCUGAGCUUAAUGAGACAAGAGCUGCUGAGAUCGAGAUGCGCAAUAAACUGGAAGAGAACCAGAAGGCCUUGGCCGAGAAUCAAAAGCGCAGUCGUUACUGGGAGGAGAAGCUUUCAAAGCUGACCGUCCAGAACAUCAGCGAUAUCGGUGAAGAGCAGGAGCCUACCGAGCUUCAGAUGUACACCAAGGAUGAGUUAGAGGCUAUGAAUAAGGAUUCUCUGAAAGCCGUCAUUGCCGCUUUAGAGGAGAAGGUUCAGAAUGCCUCUAUCGAUUUGUCAGUUAUCGAGGAGUACCGUCGCCGAGCCGCCGAGCACGAAUCGCGCUCAGCGGAUCUGACCACCGCUUUGACAUCACGAGAUGCUGCCAAGGCACGCCUGGAUGGCCUUCGAUCUUCUCGCUUGAAUGGAUUCAUGGAAGGAUUUGGUAUUAUCUCUCUGCGCCUCAAAGAAAUGUACCAAAUGAUCACCAUGGGCGGUAACGCCGAGUUGGAGCUCGUCGACUCGUUGGACCCCUUUUCCGAAGGAAUCUUGUUCUCGGUCAUGCCUCCCAAGAAGAGCUGGAAGAACAUUGGUAACCUGUCUGGCGGAGAGAAGACUCUGUCUAGUUUGGCAUUGGUCUUCGCUCUUCACCACUACAAGCCUACUCCGCUUUAUGUCAUGGACGAGAUCGAUGCCGCCCUGGAUUUCCGAAACGUUUCCAUUGUCGCCUCGUACAUCAAGGAGCGAACAAAGAACGCCCAAUUCAUUGUCAUUUCAUUAAGAAACAAUAUGUUCGAGCUCGCUGCCCGACUCGUCGGUGUCUAUAAAGUCAACCACAUGACCAAGAGUGUGACGAUCGAGAAUCGGGAUUAUAUCACUGGUCGAUAA